AAAUUCUAUGGGUAUUUCAUUCUGUAUUAUGUCUAGAAAAUGUCAAACACAUAAAAAUAAUUAAUACUAAGAUUUAUGUGGCACCACUUGCAAUACCAAGUGAUCUCCUUGAUCCUUAGUGUGAUUCUUAGAACCGUAACAAGGUGCUCUGUGCUUCUGUUCUGCCUCUCUAAGUUUUGGGUUUUUUAAUAAUUUCUUUCACGCUCUAAAUUUAUAUUUCAAUUCUAUAUUAAUAAUACUAACAAGAGCUGAAUUUUAAACAAUAGGAUUAUUACUAUACAUUUUCUAUAACAAUGAUUCUCGUAAUUUAGCAUGCAUCAAAAUCCAAAAUCACCUCGAGGGGUGGUUAAAUCACAAACUGUGGUCCCCAUACUAGAGUUUUUGAUUCAGGAAGUUGGUGAUGUGGCUAGAGAAUUUGCACCCCUAACAAAUUGUCAGGUGUUCUUGCUGCUGGUUGGGAACUAUACUUUGAGAAUCACUGUUCUGUACAAACUUCACAGACAAAUAGGAAGCCUCUUUCUUCUCUCUGUUUCUUCCUGUAUUCAGUUGUAUUUUUAGGAAUGGCUUUUGAUUCUUUACUCAACAGGAAUCGUGAUGUUAUCCAAAGGAAAUCAAAGUAUCAUACCUACUUUUAUUCUCCUGGGUUUUUCAGAAUAUCCAGAACUCCAGAUUCCACUCUUCCUGGUUUUCUUGUCUACCUACACAGUCACUGUCGUGGGGAAUUUAGGCAUGAUAAUAAUCAUCAAGAUCAAUCCAAAACUCCACACGAUCAUGUACUUUUUUCUUAGUCACUUGUCCUUUGUAGAUUUCUGUUAUUCUACCAUAGUUACACCUAAACUGUUGGAGAACUUGAUUGCAGAAGACAGAACCAUCCCUUUCUCUGGUUGCAUUCUACAAUUUUGUUUUGCUUGCAUAUUUGCUGUAACAGAAACGUUCAUGUUAGCAGCGAUGGCCUAUGAUCGUUUUGUGGCAGUUUGUAACCCCUUACUCUAUACCACUAUUAUAUCCCAGAAGCUUUGUGUGCUUCUGGUGGCUGGGUCUUACUCAUGGUGUAUAGUGUGUGCCCUGACACUCACAUAUUUUCUUCUUGCAUUAUCCUAUUGUGAGUCUAGCAUCAUAAAUAAUUUUAUCUGUGACUACUCUGUAAUUGUUUCUGUCUCCUGCUCAGAUCCCCAUAUCAGCCAGAUGCUGUGUUUUAUUAUUGCCAUAUUUAAUGAGGGGAGCAGUCUGAUGAUUAUUCUGCUGUCCUAUAUACUCAUUUUUAUCACUGUUAUGAGGAUGCCUUCUGCAAGUGGGCGCCAGAAAACUUUCUCCACCUGUGCCUCCCAUCUGACAGCCAUCACCAUCUUCCAUGGAACCAUUCUUUUCCUUUACUGUAUCCCUAAUCCUAAAACUUCUUGGCUUGUAGUUAAAGUGGCUUCUGUGUUUUACACAGUGGUGAUUCCUAUGCUGAAUCCUUUGAUCUACAGCCUUAGGAACAAAGAUGUGAAAGACACAUUCAGAAAAUUAGUGGUCACAAAAUUGCUUUGUCACUCAAUAUAAUAUUGUUAGAUUCAUUAUUUUAUUUCUGAAAAAUUUGAUUUGCUAUGCUACAGAUUGUUCAACUCUUAUAGUGCAAUUGAUAAUUCCAACUAUUUAUUCAACAAGCUAUUAGUUAAUAUAUCUGUGGCAGCACAUUUUAUGAGUAUGAAUUUUUGCAUUCAUUAAUUAUUAGUGAAAUAGCUCUAAACCAUGUGCAAACCAAAAUUUUAGAAAAUAAAAUUUGUGAACUAUAUUUUGUAAUAUUUAUAAAAUAUUUUUCAAUGCUUUAUCAUAUAGUGUAAUUAUAGAUGUGUGUUUCCUAAGUACAACUAAUUCUCAGUUCAUCAAGUAUGUGCAGAUCUAGAAUAGUUCCUUUGAAUUGUAAUCAGGAAGCUCAUACUUCAGAGAUGGCUUUAAUAAAUGCUUAAGCUCACUGUAUCUUGUACAGUAACCAAUCGCUUGUUUUUCAUCGUAUGGAAUGGCAGAAACUCACUUUUAUUCAUGAAAAUUAUAGCUUGCUGACUAGUAAGUAAAAUUAAAUAUUGCUCUAUGUUCCCUAAAUUCAUACUUUAUUCCAAAAAAAAAAGUAAUAAAGGCAGUAGGAUAUUAGAGUAAUAGAGUCCCAAAAAGGGCUCAAGCAUAUGUGGUCAUCUAAAUUUCCAUGAUAAUCCAAUGCCAAUAUAGUUCAAUGGAGAGAUAAUUUUCAGCAAAUAGUGCUGAGAUAAUUGGAUAUCCAUAUGGAUAAAUGAGCCUUAACUUUUACCGCACAUCAUACACAACCAUUAACUUGAAUUAGAGGAACUGGAUCAUAGUCCUAAACACAAAAAUCAAACUACAAAAUUUUAGUACAAAACAGAACAAUAUUCUGGAGUUUGUGGCAGGAAUUUUUUUAGAUGAAACACAGAAAGGAUGGACCAUCCAAAAAUUGAUAAGGGCCUGCCCCUGUGGCCGAGUGGUUACAGUUCCAUGUACUCCGCU